GAAAGAAAACGUAUGUGGAUGCUACACCUGGCGAUCUUUCCGUAUAAAUAUUUUAUAGUAUUAUUACCAGUUUAAAAUAUGAAGAAAACGUCCACGUGAUGAUCGGUAAGUUUUUUACCGUUAAACGCAUGUGGUGUUUGAUUGAAACAUGUGACACGUCAGAGGGAAUGACUGUAAAACGAUUCAGAGGAGAACGGAACUUAAGCUGAGAGAAACGAGCAAAUAAAAUGAAUGCCUAUUUUUAGCACUAUAAUCGUCUGGGAAUACUGAAGAUACAAAAAUGACUGUCUUUAACCAACUGGAACGUCACUACGUCGGCUUGUUUCUGACUGUUAUGACAAUCUACUUUGUUGUCUAUACACAAACAUCAAUGAUGCUUUUUAGCGUCAGAACUGAAAACGUGAUCUUGGAAAGUUCGUGUUCUUGUAAGACUUGUGUAAUGGACCCUUUGGAUGAUGAGUGGUUCGUUUUUCGUUACAACCCCACAGUUUCACCUUUACUCAACAGGAAAAACAGCAAGCUACCCAAAAACAUCUACAAAUGGUGGAUGGGUCUGCAACGUUCAUCACUUAAUGUCAGCUACACAAAAGUGAUGGACCAGCUGUUUUCACUUUUCCCAGAUGAAGAACACUACUCAGACGGUGGUCCGGAUCGCUGCAGAACCUGUGCUGUGGUUGGGAAUUCCGGGAACCUCCUGGGAUCGCAUUAUGGGGCUCUUAUAGAUUUCCAUGAUGUUGUCAUUAGGAUAAAUAAAGGCCCAACAAAAGGCUACGAGAGGGAUGUAGGCUCUAAAACCACUCAUCGUAUCCUCUAUCCCGAGAGCGCUAUGGAUUUGGACAACUCAACCCACCUGGUGCUUUUUCCUUUUAAAAUCCUGGACUUGCAGUGGCUCAUAAGCUCCUUCACCACUAAACACAUCACACGCACAUAUAUGCCGGUGAAACCUACCAUUAAUGCAAAUAUAGACAAGGUGAUGAUUCUUCAUCCUGGAUUUAUAAAAUAUGUCUAUGAUAGCUGGUUACACCGUCAUGGCAGAUAUCCAUCCACUGGCUUCAUUACAUUAAUCUUCGCCUUGCACAUCUGUGAUGAGGUGAAUAUUUUUGGAUUCGGAGCUUCAAGUGACGGAGCGUGGCACCAUUACUUUGACAAAACUAAAAUGAACUAUGUAGGAGGCCCUCAUGGUGGAGACCAUGAAAACAAAACCAUGCAUGAACUUCUUCAGAGAAACAAGAUAUCGUUAUAUAAAGGGUAUUGAGGAAGAAUGUGUGGAAAAAAUGGACCUUCCUUAUGAAUUAACAGAAGUCAUUAACAUUACUUAUUGGCGCUUCCUUGUUCCUUGCUCCUUGCUCCAGCAUGCGACCUAGUAACCUAUUGAGGUCUGUCAUCAUGACGCAUGUGUCUAUUAUCUAAACCAACUGCACAAAAGCAAGGACCAUGAAGUGAAAAAACACUGACGUUCUUAUAAAAGAGGACAUACAAGUGCAUUUUUAACGUAAUCUUUAACCUUUGGUGUGUACUUUAGCAGAGCAUCUCGUCCAACCGCAUAACAUAUCUCAUAAAGGUGUGGUGACACUGCACAAAGACCUAAUUUUGACAAGAUUUUUUUUUUCAUUUUACAAAUAUGUCUUGCUUUGGUUACUUACUUCCCUUAUAAAGUGUUUAAGACUCACGGACACAAAAACUGGAUUGACAAUUUAAUGCACAAUUGAAGUAUUUCUAUGAUAUAUUUUCUGUUCAAACAUGAGGGGGAUGUUCGUCAUUUUGAAGUGCUCACACCCAUGAACAUGUUUUUCUGCUUUUUGCUGCUAUUCAGAAGUAUGUGGUAUUAGGUGAAAGGACAUUCAUAAUCCAGAUUGCUCAAAGCUAUCUUGGUACAAUAUGUACCAAAGAAUUUGGUAUUAGGUUACAAUAAAAUUGAAUAAUUAUUGCAAGGGGUUACAUUGUCUUGCAUCUUCUGAAGUCUGAUUAUAUUUAUUAUUAUAGACUAUAUUUAUCUGUUAAAGAACCAACUAUUUAUAUGAAAUAAAAAAAAAUGUCUCUAUAGUCGUCCUACAUGGUUAGGGUGCUCACAACACUAAUAUACCAAACCUAAUAUAUUUAUUUGAUUUGUUGCAAUGCUGUUAUAUUUUUAAGAAUUGGAUUACUGAUGAUGAUGUUACAGCAUCUAAGCCACUUUGCUUUAGGUAUUCACAUAUUGCGUCUUAACAGGUUACAUGUAUUAUUGCGUAUGCAUUAAUAAUUGUUAUGUUAUAUCUGCCUGUAAAGACUUUAAACACAAACUUUUCCUGUAUGAUAUUAUUUAUUUAUUUUUUGCAUGAUUUCAUGAGAAUUCGUACAUGUUUUAUGAGAUGGCUAAUUCGUAUGACUUUGUUUGUUAGAAGUUAAUAAUAACAACAAUACAGAACCCUCACCUUUAACCCAAGGGGUCAAGGCAAUCUUACAAAAAUGUAAGAAUGUGGUCUUACGCGUUAAUACAAAUGAGCCAUCUCAUAAAUUUGUAUGAAUUGCCAUGAAAUAGUGUUGAAUUUUUUUAUUUAG